AGAGUGGCAGAGUGUGCAGAGCCGUUUUGUUUUGAUCAUUCAUUUCAGCAGACGCCAGAAUUUGUCUACUUUGGAUUUUGGAAUAGAAGCUAAGCUUAAUGUGUGAUAAUUAUGUAUUGUCGUGAAUAAUAUAUGUUGUUUAUAUCCCAGUGAUUUUUGUUUAUAAAUAUACAGUGUAAAUUCAACUUAUUUUUUCCUUCUAUUGCGGCUCAGAUACUCAAUCAUGGGUAAGAAAAAUCGUAAAAAUAACAGGUCAGAUGGAUUGCAACAGACCAAAGAAGGAACAAACAAUACCAGUCAAAUUAAACAAAAAAGCCAACGAACUCCAAAAUUGUCACCUCAGAAACGAAAUGAAGUUAAUCAGUUGAUUGAAAAACUGCUUGAAGUGACUAGUUCAAUACAGUCAUCAACAACAAAUCUUGCUAAAGAAUGGGAAGUGCACUCAGCAAUUGAUAAAAUCUUGAGCAAAAUUAUCAGUAUUGAGAGUGAAAUAAAUACUCCAUUUCCUGAAAGAGAUGAAGGGACAAAAAAUCGGUUCAUGAGUUGGUUGGAAAAGAAUGGAGCCGAGAUCAACAAUGUGUCUAUCGCAGACUUCGAGGGUUAUGGCCUGGGACUUCGGGCUGAUAACCAGAUCAAGACUGGAGACAUGAUGAUCGCAAUCCCUAGAAAUGUUAUGAUGACCGUUGAGUCGGUCCAAACGUCUUUAUUGUCGACACUUGCAAAGAUGGACACCAUGUUGAAAUUGAUGCCAAACAUAGCUCUUGCCCUGCUGGUGCUUGUGGAACGGUUUCGCGGCGAUGCGGGCUCGUUCUGGGCUCCCUACAUCGAUAUGCUGCCGGCUAAGUACACCACCGUUCUCUACUUCACGCCUAAAGAGCUUGACGAACUUCGCGGCUCCCCGGCGCUUGAGCCGGCUUUAAAAAUGUGUCGGAACAUCGCACGGCAGUAUGCUUACUUCAAUAAGAUGUUUCAGAAAUCCCAAGACCCGGCGAGUGAAUUACUAAGGGAGGUGUUCACCUAUGAGCUGUACAGGUGGGCGGUAUCUACAGUAAUGACAAGACAGAACUUUGUGCCCUGCUCUGAUGCGUCGGAAGGAAUGGUCAAUGCGCUCAUACCUUUCUGGGACAUGUGCAACCAUGCUAACGCCAAGCUAUCGACCGACUACAACGUGACGUUGGCUCGUAGCGAGUGCUCGGCGUGGUGUGACGUCACAGCGGGGCAACAGGUGUUCAUUCUGUACGGUGCUCGCUGCAAUGGUGAUCUCCUCGUGCACAAUGGAUUCGUGCUCGCCGACAAUGACUCGGACAGUGUGCAGCUCCGGCUGGGUGUGGCCAGGGGGGAUCCGCUGCACAAUGGCAAGGUGCAGCUAUUGACGAAGCUGCGUCUGCCGCACGCUGCCGAGUUUGCACUGCGCAGUGGAGCCACUCCAGUCGAUGAACAGCUGCUGGCCUUCCUCAGGGUGUUCAGCAUGGGCAAAGAGCAACUCACUCAUUGGCUGAAUAAAGAGCAAUGCACUGACCUGUUAUAUGCAGACUGUGCACUUGACACUGAGGUCGAAACGAAAAUGUGGAACUUCCUUCAAACACGGAUAAAUCUACUAUUGCUAGCGUAUCCCACUAAAUAUGAGGAGGAUAAGAAGAUUUUAGAGGAGGAUAAGUGCCUUACAGAAUGUCAGAGACUAGCCAUCAUGCUCAGACUGUCUGAGAAACAAGUUCUCAAUUCAGCUUUGGAUUUUGUUAAACUUUUCCUAAAUCCACAAACUGUCAAGACUAUUGUUGCACCCGGAGAAUGAAGAAGACGAAGAAUAGAAUGAGAUGGAAAAAGAAGAUGAAAAAAUAUUGGAAAAAAGAUUAGAUAAAGAGAGAAUGAGAAGAAAAAGAAAGUCGAUGUAUCGCAGUAUUUACUAUUACUCGGUUCAAUAUUAAUUAUUUUUCUAUUUUUGAAGGAUUUAUUGUAGUCGAAUUGAAUAGAACAAAUGAGUUUCUAUUUUCAAGUACAUUAACAAUUCAAUCAAAUACAAAAAUAACUAUGGUUAAUUAAACGAAACUUUUGUAUUCGGAAUUGCAUGUUUGGAUGUUGGAGUUUGGAUACUUUUUCUCUCGAAAGGUUGCUAAAUACUUCUAAGUCCCUUGGCUUGGAAAUGUAUUGUAUUUUCAAUAAUAUUUUAUUAUUUAGAUUUGCUUUUCAAACCAAGAUUUGGCUUAUAAGUUUUGUGAUUAAGAUCUUGCACUUCUAGUCAAUAAGAGAACUGCUAUAAAUAUGUAUGGAAUCAGUAUUCAAGAAUUGAGUUUAAAGUGAAUACCUACCAUUAUUUUUCGCCUAUGGUACUAAUCAAGAAGCUACUUUACUAAUAUUAUGUAAGGUUUUCUCAUUAUUCACGUUUUGUUUUUUAAAAUAUCGUUGAAUCUUCCUAAACCUAAACUAGGUAUUAAUACGUAUAAUGAUCGAAUCUUUCCAUUUUAAAUAUCACAUGAAAAUUUUAUUCCUAGAUUGAUUAAUUGAUCUUCUAAGAGUUGGUUUUCCUCAAAAUAAUUUCUAGCUAAAUUUCAAUAUAUUGAAUGUUAUUGACUUAUUUAGUUUAAGAAUAUUAACAAUUCUGUUCCCAUAGAUUUUAUUUUUUACAAUAAACGCACAACUUGAAAGUUGGGAUUAUAUUGUCAUAAACUUAUAUGAACGAUGUUUUUUACUAUAGCUAUUCUAUGUUGUUUUCACGGGUUGAACUCAAAGUUUGAAUACUAAUAACACUAUUGAAAUGAGAGUUUUCCUGUAUAACUUCCUCUUUUAUAGAAUUACUCCAAUGCAAAAUUGUCAAGAAGUAUAAUAGGCCUAUUUCGUGACUUUUUUCGAGUUUUCAUAACUUUACUAUAGUAUAAUAAUGCUGAUCUGCUUACAAUCUAUUUCACUGUUACAUUUUAUGAUUUGAAUGUUUUAUAGUAGGCCUAAUUGAAUAUGUCAACAAAGUAAUAGUUUCCUAUUCAUCGAACUUGAAGUAGGUGAAUAUUAUUGAAUCAUCGUGAUCAUCAUAAUCAAAAUCCUUAAACUUAUAAAAUUAAUACAUUCUGAUUAAUGUAUUUUAUUCAUGUUAUAAAUAGUAAAAUUUGUGUAUAUUUUGUGUUCUGCUAACAAAAAAUAGUUGUUCUAUAUUUUAUUGCUCUAAUUUGGUUUAUUGACAAUAAAAAUCUCAUUGUUUU